AUGGAUACAAUUCAUGUGACAGCUCCGAGUAUUCUUAACAAACCUUCUCAGACGAUGCCUCAGAGAUCUCCGUUUGCCAUCCAAGAGUUGUUGGGCUUAGGAGAUUCUCAGCACCAUAGGUCGCCUACUGCGGCAGUUUCUGCAAUUACUCCUAAUGUUUAUCCUCAUCAAAAAUACCAACUGCAAGCCCCAACGGGUUUUCAUCCAUCGGAACAUGGAUUCAGUCACCAUCACAUGACGAUGGCUGCCAGCCGGAUGGCCUACUUUAAUGCUCAGGCAGCUGUAGCUGCAGCAUUUCUUCCGCACGGCAUAGCAGCUGCGGCCCAAAUGAAUGCUGCUGCAGCAGGAGGUGGUCCGGGAUCGGCUGCUGCUGUUCUUGGUUUAACCGGACAUCAGUCAGCUGGAGCUGGUCUAGCACAAUUCAAAAACUCGUUUAGUUCCUCAGGUCCUGGGUCCUGUUUAUCAGGACAACUAGAUAAUUCCAAAGACUUUUCUGUGCAAGAUGGUAUAGGCAACUUUAGUAAAAAGAAAAAGAAGAAGCGGCGUCAUAGGACGAUUUUCACGAGCUACCAGUUGGAGGAACUUGAGAAGGCGUUUAAAGAUGCCCACUACCCCGAUGUAUAUGCUAGAGAGAUGCUUAGUUUGAAGACGGAUCUUCCAGAGGAUAGGAUACAGGUCUGGUUCCAAAACCGAAGAGCGAAAUGGCGUAAAACGGAAAAAUGUUGGGGCAGAAGUACAAUAAUGGCGGAGUACGGUCUCUAUGGGGCGAUGGUGAGGCACAGCUUACCCUUACCCGACACCAUCCUGAAAAGUGCGAAGGAGAACGAAUGUGUAGCCCCUUGGUUGCUAGGUAUGCACCGAAAAUCCCUGGAAGCAGCAGAACAACUGAAAGAAUCCGAUAAUGGGGCCAGCGACCACGAAGAUACCACAUCCAUGCGCACUGACACGAGCGACACUAGCGCCACCUCAAGUCAAAACCACCAAUCAACGCCGUCUUCUCAAACUCCCAAUCCGAAUUCAAUGUUGGAUAGUAAAGAGCAACUGAAUCUAGCAAACGUGGUAACGUCACAACCUCCACAACCGAUUCAAAAUAAUUACCCUGAAGAUCCCGAAGUUUUUAGGAAUAAUUCGAUUGCUUGUUUAAGAGCGAAAGCUCAGGAGCAUAGCGCUAAGCUUUUAGGUCAUAAUUUAAUGGUGCAUUCUGCGCCUAGUAGACCGAGUUCUGGGGGUUGUGACGCUAAUCAGAAUAAUCUACAUCAUCCGGAAGGGGGUGGGGGUGAACAAGGAAUUUUUUGACAUUCUAGCGGAUAGUGGGGUUCUUGUAAAGGGCCCGUCGACCAAGAAUACUAAAAAAACAAAAUACUUUUUUGUUCGUGAAGGUAAUAAUUUUAUAUAUGAUAUUUACAACGAAUUGAAA